AUGGCGACGACCCACUUCAUCAUCCCGACCAGGGUCCUUCUCCAGUCCGUCGGGGACAUCAAAUCGUACGACAACUGGCUCGCCUGCCUGAAAACCUACCUCCUCUCUCAAGAUCUCUGGGAUUUAAUCGAUUCCCCUGAAAACACUUCCCCUGCCUCCGCCUCCUCCGCCGCCGCCGAGGACGCUGCUGCUGCUGUAGUUCCUCCGGCGUGGCGGAGGAAGAAUGCGGCGGCUCUGCACGCGAUUCAGAUUUCGCUGGGCUGCGACUUGCUCCACGAGAUACGGGAAAUCGAUUCGGCGAAGGAGGCUUGGGAUGCUCUGGCGGAUAUGCAUCGGAAGAAGCUCAAGAACGAGGCGCGAGAUGGAGCAGAGCAGCAGCAGGCCGACGCUGUAAUACACAUAAUUGGACUCCAAGACCCUUCCCCGCCACCGUCACCGGCCGACAGUUUCGCGAUGACGAUGAGCCCUUCUUCCUCCUCCUCCGACGCCGGCCACGGCGGCGACAUCAUCAACAACAACAACGACGUCAUCACCAACAUAGCCACAUGCGACCUCCACAAGCUCACCAGCACAAAAAACAAGGAAUCCUUCGGCCACCGCUCCUCCGCCGACGACGCGGCCGCCGGAGAAAAAUGGAUGAAGGAAACCGCCACCUCCUCCACCGUCGUCGGCUCCUUAAUCAUCACCAUCAUGUUCACCGCCGCCUGCACCGUCCCCGGCGGCAACAACCAAGAAAAGGGGACCCCAAUCCUCCUCCACGACCGGUCGUUCAAGAUCUUCAUCGCCUCCGACGCGCUCUCGCUCUUCGCCGCCUCGACCUCAGUGCUGAUGUUCCUCGGGAUCCUCACCUCGCGGUACGCCGAGGCCGACUUCCGCCGCUCGCUGCCGACGAAGCUCGUGAUCGGGCUGUCGACGCUGUUCGUGUCGAUCGCCGCCAUGAUGGUGACGUUCUGCGCCACCGUGAUGAUCGUCAUGGACCACCGGCCGCUGUUCGUGGUCCCGAUUGUGAUGAUGGCCGCCGUGCCGGUGACGCUGUUUUUGCUGUUGCAGUUUCCGCUGCUGGUUCAGAUCUUCAGGUCGAACCGGUCCGGGCCGCAUUCCAACCCGUUCGACCGGAAGAUGAAGCCCUGGCUUUUGAGUCUUUGA